GUAGUCCAAAGUUCCAUUUCUCAUCAUGGUAUAAAUCCAUUAGGAGAUGCAGGCCUUUGCACAUCUCCCAGGAGAGUGUGACAAGCCUGUCUUUUUUUUAAAUCUCUUUGGGGAAAAAAUGUUGAUUUCACCCAUGGCUCUCUUUCAUUUAAUCUGUAUUGGUUUUGUGAAACGUGGCCAACGUAACUGGGUCAGGUGAUGCCUGCGGCUAUUUUAAAUGUGUUUUUGGCCUCUGUUUAAAAGCUUUUCAGUCCAUUCAGGUAUUUGAAUCAGAUGAUCAAAUUCAGUGAUCAAUAGUCUUAUUUUAUAUCAUCAUGGUAUUUAAAGUAGCACUGAACCAUAGGCCUUUUUUGUAUGAAGCUAGUUUGAAUGCAGCAUCCUACAUUGUAAGUGAAAUGGAAGUAGAUUGGAGUGGUUUUGGUUUGAAAUUUUUAGCGCAUAUCUUUAAAUUUUUGACAACUGAAAAAGUUUAUUUCUAUCUAUCCCUUGCAGAAUACCUUACGGUAGGACUGUCUUCAGUGAAACGAAAACGUGGGAAUUACCUCUUUGAAACGUUAAAAUCCAUAUUUGAUCAAUCCUCAAAUGAAGAGCUCAUGGAGAUGGUGGUAGUCGUACACUUAGCAGACUUUGACAUGGCAUGGAAUGCACAAGUGGUUCAAGACAUUUCCAGAAAAUUUGCUCACCAUAUCAUCUCUGGCCACUUGGUUAUCAUUCAUGCUCCCCAAUUGUACUAUCCAUCUCUAAAAGGCCUGAAACGAAAUUAUAAUGAUCCAGCUGAUCGUGUGACUUUCAGGUCAAAACAAAAUGUUGACUAUGCUUUCCUGCUCAAUUUCUGUGCAAAUUUAUCCGAUUAUUACCUAAUGCUGGAAGACGAUGUUCAAUGUGCCCGUUCUUUCUUAACAGCAAUCAAGAAAUUUCUUGCUUCAAAAGAGGGCUCCUAUUGGGUAACCUUGGAAUUUUCCAAGUUGGGUUAUAUCGGAAAACUUUACCAUUCUACUGACCUUCCAAGAUUGGCCCACUUUCUACUGAUGUUUUAUCAAGAGAUGCCAUGUGACUGGUUACUGAUUCAUUUUCGAGGACUUCUCACUCAGAAAGAUGUCAUCCGCUUUAAGCCUUCCCUUUUUCAACAUAUUGGAUAUUAUUCCUCUUUUAGAGGGACGGAAAAUAGGUUAAAGGAUGAUGACUUUGAAGAGGACUUCUUUGAUAUUCCCGACAACCCGCCAGCAACUAUCUACACAAGUCUCAAAGUAUUUGAGAACUAUGACCCCAACAAAGCUUACAGUAAUGGUGAUGAGUACUUUUGGGGAAAAUCACCCUCCACUGGAGACUACUUCACUAUUGUAUUCAUGAAGCCAAUGAAUGUUACCAGAAUCCAUGUGGUCACUGGCUCAGAAGAUAGGCAUAACGAUAUUCUUCACUCUGGGAUCCUUGAAGUUGGAAAGAAUCUAAAAGUAACACAGAAGGGUAAAGAUUGCUCAGACUAUGUUAAACUAAAUGCAUUCCAAAAAGGACUGUUUGAUAAAAAAGAUAUCAAUACCGUCAUUGAUUUCAGUGUAGACUGUGUGCGCGUAUUUAUAACAAACAGUCAAAAAGACUGGCUAAUUAUUAGAAGUAUCAGUAUUUGGACAAAGCACAGUAACCCGCUAUGACAAAAUAUACCCCCUACGUAUAAUUUUCUUCCUUAUUUUCCUCAGUGGCUUGUGCUGGGACGUAGUUCUGUGAGCGUAUCUUACCAAAUGAUUUCUUGUUUGUGGGUGAGCCUAAACAGUAAAUGUUGUCAGCCUAUUCAUUGAAACAGUGCCACAGCUCAUUCAUGUCCUAGCACAUUUCUAAUUUUUAAGAGUUUGGUAAAUGGUGAUUGGGAACAAAAUCCUGGUUGAUGUAGAACUCCUGCCUUCGUCUCAGUCCAAGGAUAUUGAAACAAGCAGUUUGUUUUCAAAACAAAGUGAAUACCUACCAAUUAAUUAUUAUUUUCCGAUGUAUAAAACCUUUUGAUAUAUAAUGAAAAUAGUUCCAAAGGACCGUAUGAAUACUUUUUUGAAUACCAGGCUACCAGCUGCCAACUAGCAUUCCAUACCAAAUGAUUCAUUCCAAAUAUAUAGCACAAAAAAAGUUCAAAAAGUCUUACAUUAUCUAACUGUUGUGCACCUGUUGGUUUCCAUAAAAUUUCAGCUUGUAAGCUACCAUAGCAAUGCGACCCUUCCCCCUCAGAAUUAAAUGGUCUGACCAGAGGUUAAAAUGUAAUGGCAUUUAUCAGAGAUCUAACAUACAUCCUUCGUUUCUGCUCAGUGAUUUAAUAAUCUAAUUGGUGCUGAAAGGAAAGAGCCAGAACAAGUUGAUUAUGCCAAGGACCAAGUUGUAAUGGAACUUUAUGGAUCAUCUUGCAAAUGUGCCCACAAAAAGUUUUAUAUCUGGGAUAUCUGGGAUAUCCAUUCUACCCAACACCAGCUAUUAACAAGCACAAUGAGAAUGCAACAUUAUUUUGUGUGUAAAUGGUAUAAAAUCAAAAGCCUAGAUUGCUGAGCAACGCUAUCUUCGUGAUUUCAUUAAAAAAUGCAUUGGGCAACUUGGAUUUGUUCCCCUCCCUCGCCCCAUGACCAACUAGAGUUAAUAUCCCCAUUCAAUUAGGCACAUUUCUUUGAAACAUGAAGGUUCAGGCACUUUGGUCACAAGUACAAUCAAUCUUGGGAGUGCAACAAGCUGGCAAAUUGGCUUUCUUCCUGUUGAGGCAUGCCUGUCUUGUCCAAACAGGAAGAGCUGGACAUGAGAAUUUUCUCCAACACUGUGGAUACAUUUUUACUUUGGAAGAUGGAAAUGGGAAUCAGGGUCUGUUUCGGAGUCCUGAAUCUGCUUCCCCCUUGGUAGAAACAUUUGUUGACCUGGGUCUUUUGUUUAGGAUUGCCCCUUAAUUGGCACGGAGAUUGGUUCUGUGCCCAAAUAGGAGUAACAGGAGUGUUCUCCAAACUGGAGAAUUAAUCAAGGGACUUUUGGUUUGAGUGAUGCUGCGAGCUGUAGUAAAGAGUAUGUUGCUGAGAUGGUAUUUCUACAAGAAGAUACUGUCUGACCAAUCUCAUUGAAAAUUGGAUUAAAAGACAGAAAAACCAGCCAGGCCACUGCCAGCAGGACAAUCCCUCUGGAAGGUGCCAUUUGGCUACACCAUCAUCAAGGUAGGUGGGGAGAACAUGUAAACUCCCCUGGAUGAAUAGCUCCAAGUCUGCCACCUGCUGCCCACUUUCAGGCAGUUAAAUAACUCCCUCUUACACUCCCUCUUACACUUGCUCCCCCCACCGCCCCCAACCUUGCCACUUCUUCUUUCUUCACCUACCACCAAAAAAAACUUGUUGUCAGGAGAUUGAAGGCUGACUGGAAAUUCCCAUUUAGUCUCCUUGAACUAACAAGGCUCUAAAUGAGCCUAAUUGGCUGCAGGCAGCCCUUUUGGAUUCCAAAUCCAACUCAAUCUCUGUAAAUGCGCAACAAGCUGAUACAUUCAUCUUUAUUCCACACCUCAGCAGGGCCUUAAAACUCUGCCCUGAAGUUGAUGAAGAGAGAGAAUGGAACUGAUAGAGGACAAUGUGGGCUACUUAUAUACCUUAAAGAAUUCUCUGAAUCUGGAUGAGAUACCUGGAAGGCGAGCUGUUUCUUACUAGAUGUUUGUUUUGUGUCUGUACUGAGAAUGCAAGGGUGACAGCUAGAAUUUCAAACCAUUAACUAUCUGAAGGAGAUGUCUGGUCUUCUACGAUGUUGAUAUUCAUGAGGAAUUAUAUUAUAUUUGUGCAAACCUUUGUACUAUGAUUCAAAGAAUGCCUUUACUUUGAUGUAUUGUAUAAAUUGAUAACGAAUGUGAUUAUUACUGUUUUCAAAGAAACUUUGUAAAUAAGAACUUAUAAUUCAUGAAUUCAUAUAAAUAGGAAAAUGCUUACUCUUGUGCUAUUUUUUAAGAUGAAGAAAGAGUUGUUUGAGUAUUACAACCAUGAUCCAUCAUCAUUGCAAACACCACAAUAUAUUGUCAUGAAAACCGAAAGAACUGCGGAUGCUGUAAAUCGGGAACAAAAACAGAAAUUGCUGGAAAAGCUCGGCAGGUUUGGCAGCAUCUGUGAAGAAAAAUUUCAGAGUUAACAUUUCAGGUCCGGUGACCCUUCCUCAGAACUUUCGUCCCCUCCCCUUCCCUCUGACUCCAUCCCCUCCCAAACCUCGCCUCUUGUGGACAGAAUCACAUAUAUAUUGUCGUGAAUUAUUUUCAAAACAUACCUCUUUCGCCUGAAUUUCUAGUGUUCCAAAGGAUGAAAGUUAUAAUGACAGAACAACAAAAUGCAACCUAUUCCACUGAAGCACAGGGGGAUUUUCUGCAAGUUUUCUAUCUAACCAGAAUGUGAAGUGGGUUGCAAACGCUUGAAGUAUACUUGAACUGAAAGUAAUUAUAACAAGAAACUAUUAUGUCCUGUUAACAUUGUAUAGGAAAUCGUCCUGAUUGGUUGAUUUGCAUGCUAGCCAAAGUUGACUUUUUAUGGAAUUACAUAAUUUUAAUUAAAGCUGCCCACAGGCACAUCACUAGGAAGACUGUUAAACAUUCUGGUUAAACUAGCCAGCAUCCUGACAUCCAAGUCUUGUGCAGCUGGUGGUAAUCUCCAAGUAAAAUCGUUUGAUUCUUUGAGUGGCAACUAUUGAUUUGUUAGAUCUAGGAAGUACGCUUGACCAUUGGAGCCUUGUAGAUGCUUUAAUCAACCUAUCCAAGUAUACUAUGAGAGGGAUGUUUCGACUGCACCAGAAAAACCUUCACAUUUGAGCCUUGUGUUGGGAGCCAGAACAGGCUUUGCAUGGUGUGAGAGUUUUAAGUGUCGGACCAGUAGCAGGGUUUGCACUCGAAGCUUCUGCCAGCAGCAAUCCCAUGACACUGCAAAACCUGUCGUUUUAGGUACACUUCUGGAGUUAUGCCUAUUGCACAGGUUUGACUUAGCGAGUUCCUGCAGAUGCUGAGCUGUUAAGUGACCUGUGUAAGGGACAGCUAUCAAUUAUAUUUGUAAUAGGCAUAAACAGGUCCACCGAUUUACGUAAUUGAAUCAUGUAAAACAGUUUUAAGUUUUGCUAGCAUUUUGGAAAUUCUAUUCUGCAAUUCCAUUAUUGUUGUCAUUUUUCAAUGUAAAAUGUAAGCCCAUGAAUUUGGUUGAAAUCCAUUUGUGUAGCUCCUGAAGAGUACACUUUGUGUAAGUAUUGAGCUACAAACCCCUUUUACAAUACACAAACAAAACAAGCAUUUUGUAAAGUUUAUGGAUGCAUACAGUUUGAAUACCCUGAGGGGAGUAAUAAAGAGUAAAACGUAGUACAACUGAAA